CACACUACUCUCACAUCAUAUCCAAACAACAAGAGAGGCCGAGAAAUCCCCUCGCCCCUCUCUGCUUCUUCUCUUGAGCUCAAAUCCUCUAAAUUCAAUAAUUUUGGUGAUUUUUUUGUUGGAUUUAAGCUGAAAAAUGGAAACUUUCUGCGCUAUCCGCUUCGCCCACUUCACAGCUCCACUGAAAGUAUCGUUCAUCAGCACCAGGACCAGACUUGCUUUCCCUCAGAAACUCUUUUUCUGUCAAGCGAGGUUUGCUGACUCGGGUGUAGAUGGCUCGUUUAGCUUAAAAUUGGUAUCUCCAGCUCUAUUGGCAGCUGAAAAAGAAGAAGCUAGGGCUGUCCUAACCUUGUUCCUAAAGAAACAAGGGCUUAGCCCUACAGUUGCUGCGAGAACCAUCAACAAGUCAGAGCAUUUCGUUGACCACCUGGUCGAUAGACUUCAUUCUGUGCAUAAAUCCCGGUAUCUAGUAGGACGAGAGCUAACAACUCUUGAGAUUAGGGAGGCCCUAAUCCCUUACCUUGAAGCCCUUCUUGAGGAGCAUGAAAUGUUUUUGGUAGAUGUGGUGGAAAGCUUUCCAAAUGAACCUGUAAAAGAAAAGCCCAUUGUACCAGUUACUAAAUCUCAACCGUCUGUGGAUUUGAACUUGAAGAAGCUAAAGGCCAUUUCUCGAGUAAGUGAGAUAGGCACAGCUGGGACGCUCCCACCUCACAUUGUCUACCUUUUAGAGCUUGGCAUGGAUCUUGAUCAAAUCAAGGGAAUUGCACGCAGAUUUCCAUCUUUUGCGUAUUACAGUUUGGAGGGGAAAAUAAAACCGAUUGUUGAGUUUCUUCUCGAACUUGGGGUCCCAAAAUCUGAUAUCCCAUCAAUCCUUAACAAGAGGCCACAGUUGUGUGGAAUCAGUCUAUCCGAGAAUAUUAUACCUACCAUGAGUUUCUUGGAAGGCCUGGGUGUAGACAAGAAACAAUGGGCAAAAGUGAUUUACCGCUUUCCAGCGCUUCUCACUUACAGUAGGCAGAAGGUGAAGACAACUAUAGAUUUCCUAUAUGAAAUGGGACUUUCAGCUGAGAUGAUAGGUAAGGUUUUGACGCGCUGUCCGAAUAUUAUAAGUUACAGUGUAGAGGACAAGUUACGGCCAACGGCUCAGUACAUUGUCUCAUUGGGGGUGGAUGUUGGUGUUCUGCUCCAUCGAUCUCCCACGGUUUUUGGUCUUAGUAUUGAGGCCAACUUGAAGCCUGUAACACAAUUUUUCGUUGAGAGGGGAUACAGUAUGGAUGAAAUUGGGAUCAUGCUUUCAAGAUACGGAGCUCUGUAUACUUUCAGCUUGGCAGAGAAUCUGGUACCGAAAUGGGAGUUCUUUUUGACCAUGGAUUAUUCGAAAUCAGAGCUGGUUAAAUUUCCUCAGUAUUUCGGUUACAGUUUGGAAGACAGGAUCAAACCAAGAUAUGCACUUAUGAAGGAUUGUGGAGUGAUGCUGCUGCUGAACCAGUUGUUAUCGCUGUCCGGUAGUAACUUUGAUAAGGCUCUUGCAAAGAAGAUAAAGAAAUUUCAUGCCGGGAAAGAUCCAAAUACAAGCAGCGAUGAAUCGGAGGUUGAAGAAUGAAACUCCUGAGCAUGAUAUGGUAACAACACAGGGUGCACACGCGCAAUAUGAACGCAGAUGCAGUUCAGUUGCCACAUCGAAGCUACAAAUGGAUGCUUUCACCGAGCAAUACAAUCAGUGCAUUGUUUCUAAAGCCGGAUAAUCUAUGUGAUUCUUCUCAGCUGCGUCUGCAGACCGGAGUUAUUCCGGUGUUGUCAACUUUCCGUUAAACUUGAGAGCAGAUCAUGCGUUGCUGAUUGACAUCCUCCAAAUGAACCAUCUGCCGCUGUAAAACGUUUCCCUUGCUUGCAUAUUUUAUGUACAUUGUACCCAGCAAUAUCUGUAGGAAGGCUGGUUCUGCAUUGAUGUCAAUACAUUUUGUAGUAACAGACUAACAGUUGCGUCGACACAGUUUCAACGGUCGUUCUUUAGAUUCUCGUUUCAUAGCGGGAUUAUUAACAUCUAAAUACCAUUGUGUGUUAUCGUUAACCAAGUACUUACAUGAUACAUAUCUUAAUGUUUUCACGAUGUUUCGUGUUUA